AUGCACUAUAUCCUAGAUGAACAAGAUGCCUUGGAAGUUGUUAAUCAGGUUAUGGAAGAGCCCCAGCUGAAUGAGGGGCAGAAUCCUAAUAAUGCCCAACAUAAGCAUGAUAUGGACGCUUAUAAUUCCUGGAAAAAGAAAGAUUCAACUGCCAGAGGAAUACUUAUCAGCUCAAUGAAUGAUGAUAUUGCUUAUCAGUAUGAGCAAUUUGAAACUACAAAUGCUAUAUGGGUGGCAUUGAAAGAAAAGUUUGGAGGAACAACCGUCUCUAAACUAAGGCAGUUAACCAUCAAGUUCGACACAUACAAGAAAGUUCCCAAUAAGCCGAUGAAGCAACAUCUAAGGGAAAUGUCGAACAUGAUAACUGAGCUGAAGAAAGCUGGGUAUGAAAUGACUGAUGAACAGCAAGUGCAGGCUGUUAUACGAUCUCUUCCUGAUAGUUAG